AUGGCCACACAUUACAUUGAAAAUGCAAGUAGUGGCGGUCAAUAUUAUUUUGAUACUAGUAAAGCUACUACUUCACAAUCACAUCGAAAUUUAUCGUCGCCUGUAGGAACCUAUACAGUAUAUCCUAUUGGUAUUUCAAGUUCAUCAAAUCAACAAAUUCGUUAUGAUGAUUUACAUAAUACAUCUCAACAAUAUCAAUCAGUUGGUGGAUUUAAUAAAGAUGUAACUCAACACCAAUAUCAAACAUCGCAAUUAUCAACACCUCAAAUUCGGGCUACUGCACGAGCAGUUAAUAAUCAAGAUCUAUAUCGCUUACAACGUUCACCACAACCAAUACAAGUUGCACCUCAACAACAUCAUUUUCAAUUUGAUACUCGUCAACAAGCAGGACAUCCAACAGGUCCUGCAGUAGUUUAUCAAACACCAGGUGCUGCUCAAUAUACACAUCAUAAUGUUGAUUUAUGGACUGAAGGUUCAUCUCAAGAUCUUGAUCAUCAUGUACAGGCACAACGAGUAUCAGUUCGAUCUGUAUCAACUGGUUCUCCUCAACUAUCUCAGUCUGUUUCUCCUCAACGACAUCAAGAUCAUUUACAACAAUACUAUAGCCAAUUGACACCGGAACAACAUCAACAAUUAUUGCGUCAGCAACAAAUUCAAAGACAACAAGAACAAAUUUCUCAUCAUGAGCAGCAACAUCAAGUUACUGCUCAACAAGUAUCUCCAUCACCUACUUAUCAUCAAGAACAACAUCGUUCAACAGGUGGUUUCGAUGGAGGACAACAUUAUCAACAAAUACGUGUUCGGUCAGAAUCGGAACGGCAACGUGAAGAUGAACAAAGUUAUUAUGCAGCUCAACGUCAAAUGGCUGCACAACGAGCACCACAACAACAACAACAACAACGACAACAACAACAACAACAACAACAACAACAACAACAACAACAAGAACAAAUUUCUCAUCCGGUUGGAAUUCGAAGUCUUAUGAGUAAAUUUGUUGGACCAACAUCCGUUCAACAAUAUCAUCCAAGAUCAAAAUCAACAUCAGCAUCAUCUCGACAUUAUUCAAGUUCAACUCAUACAUCAAAUAUUGGUCCACGUCAAACAACAACUCAUACAUCAUAUGUUGGUCCACGUCAAACAACAACUCAUACAUCAAAUGUUGGUCCACGUCAAACAACAACUCGUACAUCAACAACACGUACAAUGACAUAUUCAGCAUUACCUAAACCACAUGAACCACCUGUUAAUAGUGUUGAAUAUUAUCAAAUGCAAAUGCAACAACAAGGUGGAAAUCCAUUUACAAAUAUUCAACAAGCAGCUGCUCCAGCACAUAUACAACAUAGUCCAACUGAUUUUGGUGCAUUACGUGAUCGAUUUAAACUAGGAUCAGCUUCCGAUGAUUUUAAUCAAACACAAGUUAUACAACGACAACAACAACAACAACAACAACAGCAAUCAACAGCUAUGACUAAUGGUGGAAGUAAUUUAUCAUCAUUACGUAAUCAAUAUAUGAAUCAAGCAAAACAAGCAGUAUAUAGUGAACCGUAUACACAACAAGUUCAAAGCAUUUCACGAACAAUCCUUGGAGAAGAUAUACCUCGACAACAACAACAACAACAACAACAACAACAAACAUUUACCCAACAAGGUCCUCCUCAACAACAGCAAGCAUAUAUCGCACAAGUUCUUACUCAACAACAACCAGCACCUGUAACGCAAGUUUUUUCUCAACCACAACAACAACCUGCACCGCAAGUCCCUCAACAACAACCAGCACCUGCAACACAAGCUCCUCAACAACAAUCAGCACCUGCAGCACAAGCUUCCCAACAACAACCAGCACCCACAGCAGAAACCCCUCAACAACAACCGGCACCUGCAACAGAAGCUCCUCAACAGCAAUCGGCACCUUCAGCACAAGCUCCUCAACAAGAACAAUCGCAAACAAGCAAUGAAACCGUUGAUCAAAGCGUACCCUCAUCUGAAGUAAAAUCUUCUGAUACUACUAAUACUGCAACAGCUUAA